UUUGAAAACGUCACCUUUGUUGAUUGCUUUAACGGCUACGCAUGGAUACAGGGUAUUCUUCAGAUCACGCACACCCACACGUUCUUCGUUGACAAUUCAAAAAAGCACGAACUUCGGAUACAGACCUGCCUGAUAGAUAAGGUGGAACGAUUGCCAUUGGCAGCUACUGGAGCUCCCUUGAUGAUUCGUGGUAAAAAUUUCCGUGUAGCUUGCUUCCUCCUUCCUCACGACCGGGAUUGUCAAAAGGUCUACGAAACUCUUACGGGCCUCACACAAGUUCCAAGCAUAAAACAUUUGCCGUGCUUCCAUGAAUGGCCUUCGGGACUCUCCCGCUUGCGCGGUGAGGGCUGGAACUUUUUUGAUCUCCGCGCAGACUUCGACAGAAUGGGUCUUCCCAAUGCAUCUUGGGUUGCCUUGGAUAACACUUAUUACCAGAUUUGCGACUCUUAUCCGAGCAUCCUUUUUGUGCCCAAGCAGACAGACUAUGCCACACUGCUGGGAAGUGCGAAUUUCAGAUCUCGCAAACGCCUUCCUGUCCUUACCUGGAUCCACCCGAACGGGAAGUCAGUGCUAUGCAGAUCAAGUCAGCCACUUUCGGGUCUCGCGAGCAAGAGCACCGACGACCAAUUGCUACUACGGCACAUUCGUUUGGCUGCCGCUGCCACCGCCACCGGCGGUGCCGUGAGAGCGAUGGAGACACCCCCCCUGCUGUACGUGGUAGAUACGCGUCCCCUCCUUAACGCGCUAACUAAUCGGGCCCAGGGCAAAGGUUACGAGGUUGCGAGUAUCUAUCGUGACAUCAUUUUCCGUUUUGUUGAAAUUCCCAACAUUCAUGCUGUUCGCGGAUCGAUGGAGAAGAUGCUCAAAGUUGUGGAAGUGGUGCUGAUCUUGGUGGCUAGUGGUAUAGUAGAUCAGAGAUCUGAUUCCCGUUUCUCACCUGCUACAGCCUACCAAAAUCCCAGAGUGUCUCUGAAAGAGCUCUACACAACUGUGGACAAAUCUUCCUGGCUUCGUAACCUGCGUCGUAUCGUCGACGCUGCAUUUUUCGUUGCCUCUCGAAUGCAACCAGAAGUCGGUGGUUAUUCAUUCCUUGUACACUGCUCUGAUGGGUGGGAUCGAACUGCUCAGGUCUGUGCGCUAGCUCAGCUCCUCAUAGAUCCAUUCUACCGCACUUUGGAGGGCUUUCAGUGCACUGUCUGCAUUUUUACUGUAACCUCUAAGGCCCUGGUGGAGAAGGAUUGGUUGUGCUUUGGCCACAAAUUCGGCGAUCGUUGUGGUCAGACACAAGAAGUGGAUUCGCGUGAGAUUUCGCCAAUUUUCACACAGUUUCUUGACUGCACUCGGCAUCUAAUUGACCUUCUUCCAACAGCGUUUGAGUUUAACUCUCGGUUUCUAAUGGCGCUACACGACCAUUCGAGAUCUGGACGGUUUGGGACUUUUGUGGGAUGUUCAGAGAAGCAAAGACGUGAGCUCAAACUGGCUAGCAAGACUUGCAGCUCGUGGGUGUACUUCGCAGAAAAGCGGCAUAUAUUCUCCAACCCGCUCUACACACCACCUGCAAAGUAUUUGAAAGCCAAGAAUGCUGUUGACCGACCCCACGUCACAGCCCUCCUGCCAGCUUUCGUCACCUCCCCUCAUCUCUUUGGAAUGUGGAGUGACCUUUACCUUCGAUACGAAUGGCGCAUCCCCAGCCUAUCCCAACACAUAAUUGAGGCGAUGAACAACUUGAGGAUGCAGACCCAGGCCCUUAACGCCCACUCCGACCGCCUGAGACAGCGCAUCCGCGAGUUAUCUAAACUGUUAGGUAAAUCAGAUGGGGAGAUCUUCGUCCUGCUAACCCCAACUGAGAAGACUGAGACUUUAAUUCGGCACAAUGCCUAUUUUCUACAUCUCUUCGUCUGUUUAGCGAGAAACCGAUUGACGCGAGAAGCGAUCAUUCGAGACUUGGAGCGAGUCAAUACUAAACCCGUGAACAGUCUCAUUCCCUCCACUGCCGCCUGCUGUCCCGUUUGCUCUGUUCUCCUAGCGUCCCGAACACCUUGUGCAAGUCUUGUGUACACGCUGUGGGAAUCUGGUGUGUUCCAUUUGUCAUAUCUUCUUAAAUGUCAUCCCAAGUGUUGA